AUGUCGACCGUCCAUUUUUCUAUUGAUGCUUAUGCCAUCCUGGGUGUUGAACGAGAUGCCCGUAUCACGGAGAUCAAUGCUGCCUACAAGCGACUUGCCUUGAAGCACCACCCAGACAAGGCUGGCAAUGCUGACGCGACGAUUGAGCGAUUCCAGCAGGUUCAAGAUGCUGUUGAGAUUCUUCGUGAUCCAGAGCGCCGAGCCCUGCUUGACUCGAGAUUGAACGAGAACGGCAGGAGAUCCCGAGCCCCCUCGAACCACUAUAAUGAUUUCAAUGUCUACAAUGACUACUCGGCCCAAUCUUACGAAAAAACUUACCGUCGUCCGUUCAGACGAGAACGCCGCCAAGGUCACUUCAACUGGCCACAGUAUCAACGUAGCCAUACCGUUUUUGAUGAUGAGUUCGCUUGCUACAUGCGCAGUUUCGGAUCCAGUGUACACAUGGACCCGGAUUCGGCCGACUCCAAGGCCAAGCGUGCCCAAUUCCAAGCCGAUUAUGCCGAAUGGGAGAAAGAAUGGGCAGACAUCGAUCCUGAAAUGCAGCGUGCCCGGGCAGAGCUUCGCAAGGAGAAGAUGCGCGCUAGAAUGAAGCGCGAUGUUGAGGAAGCGAUGGGGGACCUAAACGGAGACACGAGCUAUGCCGAAAUCAUUGAUCGUGUUGUCGCAGAAGGCUUGGAGGGUCUCAACUUUGGUGCUGGCACAAACUUCGAAGAUUUCACAGAACCAGAGGAUCUCACCUGUAAUCCCGCUGACACGUUCAACCAAUCUGCUUAUGAAUUCGCCAAAGCGUCUGCGCAAAAUGACAAGGAUCAAAUUCACCUGAAUCGCAAUUCGAGCUCUCGGUCUACUGCCAGCCCCCAGUCGACUCGCAGCAACUCCUCAACCGGCAAUUCUUCGACCAAUGCCUCGACUGCCAACGACUCUCACUUCACCACCCAGCAUCCGACUUCCAACCCUACCGCUGACGCUUUCAAAACCACCGUUGAAGCUUUCAAUACUGCCGCUGAAGCUUUCAAGGAAGUUACCCAAGAGGCAGAUGCUGCUGUCGACCAAGUUCAAAACUCUGCCCAGCUGGAGAGUGACUUGAUGAUCCCCCUUGUUCCAUAUUUCAACCAAAAGCUCGCCGAUCCUCAUGGACGCUACAAAUUGGCUGAUUAUACUGCCGAGAUGAAUGGCAUUCUGCUGGAAAUCUACUGCGGCUGGCUCGAAGAGGCUCGUCUUUCGAUCCCAUUUGCUAAACCGGUCAACACUCAAACUGAUCCCAAGCUGUGCUCUCACCUUGGACUCUGGCACAAGGAGUACUGUCGUCCAAACUGUGAAGCAUGCAACUUCUGGAUGCCUAUCUUUCUCCUUACCUGCCCUGGCUGCGGCGUGAAGGCCUGUGUUCGAUGCAAGUUCGCGAUUGUCUCCUCGAACCAGUGA